GCCUGUUUAAAUAUGUACUUAGAAAAUGAAAAAAGAGAAACCGACCAUGAUUUCUUCGUUUCUUUUCCUAUGAAAAGUGGACAACAACGAAAGAGGAAAUACAAGUACACAUCGUGUUAAUCAGUUCUUCCUAACUUCCAAGGACACAUUAUCUCCGUUAAAAACUGUCAACUACCAAUCACAACAAAUCAACAAUGGUGUUAGCUAUUCACACGGGAAUAUGAUGGAUGGAACGUGUCACUGUUCACUUGUGGUCGUUAGCAUGGUUGCUACGUCAACGUGUACCUUCCCUUCUCUUACUGCUACACACGCUUUCGCUUUGCUUUCCCAAAUUAGUUUUUGAUUUCUCUCUCUUCCCAUCUCCGAUGUCUUUGCCUCUCUUUCCUCCUUUCCUCUUUUAUUUUGUAUGUUCCUUCAAAUUCUUCGUACCAAUAAAUGCACACGUUUCGUCUUUCCUCAAAAGUUGCCAGACUUGUGCAUCAGUCUCCAUGUGAAAAGGAAAAGAUGGGUCUGGGUGGUAACUGAACUGGGUAGUGUUUGUUAGUGGUUUUGCACAUAAAAGUUUUGAUUUUUUGUUUUGGGGUGUUCAAGAUGUGGAGCAGAUGGUGGUGUGGUGGUGGUGGUGGAUCAUUGAGGCAAAGGGUGUCUUUGGUUUUUAAUGGAGGACAUGGUUGUGUGGGAAAGGUUCAUUCUUUUGGUCCUGUUUUGUUGGGUUUGAGGGAUUUUGGGGAGGAAUGUAGUGGUGGUGGUUGUGGAAGGAAAGGAGGGGUGGCAUUUUUGUUGAAGCAGAUGAAGAGGGGUCUGUGUUCCUCAACUUCAGUUUCAUACCCCACUGGUGGUGGCAACUCCAAUUCAUGUGGGAGUGGGAGUGAUGAUAAUAAUGGGAAUGGAACUGGAGAGUCUAUAUCCUACACUGAGGCUAAGAAGCUUAUGAGAUUGGUGAAUGUGGAAUCGCUGAAGAUGAAGCUUGGUAUGGAUGGGAAGGAGGUUAUCCCCUACGGUGAGCUUCUUGACGAGUGUGAGAGGAUGGGUGUUGCAAGGAAUUCUGAGGAGUCUACAGCAUUUGCCAAGGUUCUUGAUGAGGCUGGGGUUAUUCUCCUCUUCAGGGACAAGGUCUAUCUGCAUCCUGAGAAGGUGGUGGAUUUGGUUAGAAGAGCAGUUCCACUGGCAUUGACAUCUGAGGAUGAUCCUGCAAGGGAGGAGUUAAAGAAGCUUGUGGAGAAGAAGGAAGAAAUUGAUUUGUUGGCACAUAAGCAGGUGCGGCGCAUCCUGUGGUCUGGUCUUGGAUUUGGUGUAGUCACAGUUGGACUAUUCUUCAGACUAACAUUCUGGGAAUUCUCAUGGGAUGUAAUGGAACCUAUCACAUAUUUCACCACUUCCACUGGCCUAGUCAUAGGCUAUGCCUACUUCUUAUUCACUUCUAGAGACCCCACUUACCAAGACUUCAUGAAGAGGCUCUUUCUCUCAAGGCAGAGGAAGCUUCACAAGAGGUACAGUUUUGAUGUUGAGAGAUUCAAGGAGCUCCAAUGCAAGUGCAAAACACCUUUAGAUGCCAAAGCCAUUUUGAAAAACCGCAAAGGGGUGGAACUGGAUCUGGAUGAUGCUUUUCACAGAGAUUAACACUUUUUUUUUUCUUCAGUUUUUACAUUAUAAAAAAUCUUACAGUUAGCCUUGUUCCCCUCUAUUUUCACCAUGUUGGGGGUGGAGCUUACUCUAACUAUUGUUCUGGCUUGUGAGUUGUGAGCCUGCAUUGUUCUCUUUGCAUCCUAUUGGUAGAAUUCUCCACCCAUUGCACCAUUAGCUAUUUUUAAGGCGCAGUUAAUCAUUAAACUUUUCAAUAAGUUUUGCAUACUGUUAACCACUUUGAGACAUAUUUAACCAUCGGUCAUUUUGUAUGGUUUAUACACAUUUGUAAAUAUAGUGAACUUUAUUUUACGAAUGGUUAAGAGUAUAUAAAUGUGAUUGUAUACAAUUAUCACUGUGCACUUGUGAGACUAGUGGUUGAAUAUAUUUCAGAAGUGAUUAAUAGUGUGGUGCAA